UACACAUUCAACGAUGGCCAAAGUUCUGGAUUUCAGUACGACAACUAGAAGGGUGAUUUGACGAAAGAUAUACACCUUCAACAGGACUCAUCCGCCAAACCCUACAAUUCUCAAGGACAACCAAUGUAGCUGUUCCAGCUACUUGAAAGGCUGGAUAUUGGAUAGAUAUCUGCAUCAGCAUCUACUAUCACCCAAUCGAGUGACAUAUUAUUGGAUAGCUUUAUUAUGACGCAGACAAAGAGUACGGCGGACAGUCUUACGAACGAGACAACAGAACAUCCAACAUCACCAUCAACCACAUCAACCACAAAAAUGCCCCCUCUCCCCCUCCCACCCAACCUCAAAUUCGGCCCAUUCGCCAUCUCCAACCAAGUCUUCCACAUCUCACCAUCUCGCCUAACAUUCGGUCUGGUGAAUCUCAAACCCUUGUUACCCGGGCACAUCCUCAUCUGUCCCGUCCGAUCAGUGCCACGACUAUCACAACUCAACGGCGAGGAAACAGCCGAUCUAUUCAACACGGUUCGAAGAGUGUCACGGACACUAGAACGACUGUAUUCAGCGACGGCGAUGAAUGUAGCUGUUCAAGACGGGGUUGAUGCCGGUCAGUCGGUGCCGCAUGUCCAUGUCCAUGUGAUUCCGAGGCGAGGUGGGGAUAUGGAUGAGAGAGGGGGUGGGGAUGCGAUUUAUGAGUUGAUGGAUGGCGAGGAAGGGGAUUUGGGAAGUCAGUUUUUGGAUGUGUGGAGGAGGAAUAGAGGGAGGAUUGAGGGGCAACAGCUAAACGGACGUGGUGGGGAAAGGAGGGAGUUUGCUAAGGGGCCGGAUAGUGAUAGAGAGGCCAGGUCGGUGGAGGUUAUGAUGAAGGAGGCGGAGUGGUUGAGGAGGGAGAUGGAAAGGGACGGGGAUGGGAAGGAGGAGUAAGUAAUGGGUUGGAAUACUAGAGAUAGAUAGGUAGGGAGAAAGAGAUACACUGUAGUACAAUAUGGGUGGCCGAU